AUGGAGCACAACCACCUCCACCUCCACAACGGCUCGCUCCUGGCGCACCACCGCUAUGGCUGCGGCUUGGGGUACGCACCUGUCGUCUACUACAGCCUGCUGCUGUGCCUCGGGCUGCCGGCAAACAUCUUGACAGUCAUCAUCCUCUCCCAGCUUGUAGCUCGCAGGCAGAAGUCCUCCUAUAAUUACCUUCUAGCUCUAGCUGCUGCUGACAUCCUGGUUCUCUUCUUCAUCGUCUUUGUUGACUUCCUCAUGGAAGACUUCAUCUUAAACAAACAGAUGCCUCAGGUACUGGACAAAAUAAUUGAGGUCUUGGAAUUUUCUUCCAUCCACACGUCCAUUUGGAUUACAGUCCCGUUGACCAUCGACAGGUACAUCGCCGUGUGCCACCCCCUCAAGUACCACACGGUCUCCUACCCUGCUCGUACUCGCAAAGUCAUCGUCAGCGUCUACGUCACCUGCUUCUUGACCAGCAUCCCCUACUACUGGUGGCCCAACAUUUGGAUUGAAGACUACAUCAGCACGUCCAUGCACCACGUCCUCAUCUGGGUCCACUGCUUCACUGUGUACUUAGUGCCCUGCUCCAUCUUCUUCAUCCUGAAUUCCAUCAUUGUCUACAAGCUGCGGCGAAAGAGCAAUUUCCGCCUGCGAGGGUACUCCACAGGGAAAACAACAGCCAUUUUGUUUACUAUAACUUCUAUUUUUGCCAUAUUGUGGGCGCCAAGAAUAAUCAUGAUAUUGUAUCACCUCUACGUGUCUCCUAUAAACAACAGCUGGGUGGUCCAUAUUGUGUCGGACAUCGCCAAUAUGCUGGCACUGCUGAACACUGCAAUUAAUUUCUUCCUCUACUGUUUUAUUAGCAAAAGAUUUCGCACAAUGGCAGCUGCCACCUUGAAAGCCUUCUUUAAGUGUCAGAAGCAACCUGUGCAAUUCUAUACAAACCAUAACUUUUCCAUAACAAGCAGCCCUUGGAUUUCCCCAGCCAACUCUCACUGCAUCAAAAUGCUUGUUUACCAGUAUGAUAAGAAUGGAAAGCCUAUAAAAAUAUCACCAUGA